AUGAAGGACGGCGGCGGGAGGCAGCAGUGGCCGUGCGACUACUGCGGGGACGCGGCGGCGGCGCUGCACUGCCGGGCGGACGCGGCGAGGCUCUGCGUCGCCUGCGACCGCCACGUGCACGCCGCCAACGCGCUCUCGCGGAAGCACGUGCGCGCGCCGCUCUGCGCCGGCUGCGCAGCGCGCCCGGCCGCCGCGCGCGUCGCGGCCGCAGGCGAGGCCGACCCGGCGUUCCUCUGCGCGGACUGCGACCCCGGGUGCGAGGCCGCGGCGCGGGUCCCCGUCGAGGGCUUCUCCGGCUGCCCCGCGGCCCACGAGCUCGCCGCCUCCUGGGGCCUCGACCUCCUCCUCCCCGGCGGCGCCGUCGCCGCGGCCGCCGGAUGCGGGUUCGGCACCGGAAACGUCCACGACGACGAGGACGCCUUCUUCUUCUCCAACCUCGACUACUCCAUGCUGGUGGACCCGGAGAUGCGGGACCUCUACGUGCCCUGCAACCCGCCGGAGGCGGUGGCCGCCGCGGGGGCUGGCGGCCGGCCUCUCAAGGGGGAGGCUUUGUGCCAGCAGCUCGCGGAGAUGGCGCGGCGCGAGACCGAUGCGUCGCCGCAGCCGCAGCCGCAGCCGCAGGGGUACUCGGAUCUGAGCCCCCGCACGCCUCGCCGCUCCUCCACCGGCCGCUUGGCCGACAAGCAGCCGCUGCCUCCUGCUCCCGAGGCGCCCUCGCCCUACACGUCCCUGCUCAUGAUGCCGCCCGCCAACUGCGCCGAGCUCAUCGGCAAGGAUGAAGACGAACCUUCCCUACAGUGGGAGUUCACCGCGCCCUCACCAGUGCCACCCACCCAGAUAUGGGAUUUCAACUUAGGAAGAUCAAGGAACCACAAUGAGAACUCUGCACUCGAAAUUGGAUUUGGUUCAAACAGUGGAGGCUUUAUGAUAAAAAGUUACAAUGACAUGCUCAAGGAAAUUUCUUCAGGGACAACGAAAGAUCUGGAAGAUAUUUACGACUCAGGAUACUGUGCAGCUGCUGAAGAUAUCAUGUCAACAAAUAUCUGCCAGCUGCCAUCGAAAAAUACGAGCACAGCAAGCAACAAGCGAUUGAAGGUUAGCUCAUGCACCUCGACGAAUGACGGACCAACAACCUCUGGGAGCCACGUGCCUACAUCAGGACCCUUGGUGAGCUCUUCCCAUGACAAAGGAGCAGCUCCCAGUAGGGAGAUCUCCUUUGGUGAUCAAACCAUCGUCCCAAUUGGAGCUGAGAGGCCUACCACAAGGAUGGACAGCGAGACACUCGCGCUGAACAGGGAUAACGCGAUGCAGCGGUACAAAGAGAAGAGGAAGAAUCGCAGGUAUGAGAAGCACAUCCGGUACGAGUCCCGGAAGCUUAGGGCGGACACACGGAAGCGGGUGAAAGGUCGUUUUGUCAAGUCGAAUGAAGCGCUCAAUGCCAGCAGUAAUGGUGGAUGACCCCCUCCUUCCUCGCCCUCUGAGCAUGA